CUCCCUGGGCGGUUCAGAGGCGGGGCAAGUGGGGGCGGGCCCAGGUAGCAGGUUUGGCUGCGCGGGGGCUCUCGCGUCUGAGGCAUUUUGAUUUGCUGUCUUUUUACAGCAUGGACACCAAAUUGCUAAAAACAUGCUUUGGGACUGCCAAUGAAUUUAUCUUUUGUGGUUUUACUACACACUUAGUAAUUCCCUUUUUUUUGAGUUAAUAUUUUGGAGUUAAUAUCACAAUGAGUUCGGGCUUAUGGAGCCAAGAAAAAGUUACUUCACCCUACUGGGAAGAGCGGAUUUUUUAUUUGCUUCUUCAAGAAUGCAGUGUUACAGACAAACAAACACAAAAACUCCUUAAAGUACCAAAGGGAAGCAUAGGACAGUAUAUCCAAGACCGUUCUGUGGGGCUCUCAAGGAUUCCUUCUGCCAAAGGCAAGAAAAAUCAGAUUGGAUUAAAAAUUCUAGAGCAACCACAUGCAGUUCUGUUUGUUGAUGAAAAGGAUGUUGUAGAAAUAAAUGAGAAAUUCACAGAGUUACUUUUGGCAAUUACCAAUUGUGAAGAGAGGUUCAGCUUGUUUAAAAACAGAAACAGACUAAGUAAAGGCCUCCAAAUAGAUGUGGGCUGCCCUGUGAAAGUCCAGCUGAGAUCUGGGGAAGAAAAAUUUCCUGGAGUUGUGCGCUUCAGAGGACCUUUAUUAGCAGAGAGGACAGUAUCGGGAAUAUUCUUUGGAGUAGAAUUACUGGAAGAAGGUCGUGGCCAAGGUUUCACUGAUGGGGUAUAUCAAGGGAAGCAGCUUUUUCAGUGUGAUGAAGAUUGUGGAGUAUUUGUUGCGUUGGACAAGCUAGAACUCAUAGAAGAUGAUGACACUGGAUUGGAAAGUGAUUAUGCAGGUCCAGUGGAUACAAUGCAAGUUGAACUACCCCCCCUGGAAAUAAACUCCAGAGUUUCUUUGAAGCUUGGAGAAACUAUAGAAUCUGGAACGGUUAUAUUCUGUGAUGUUUUGCCAGGCAAAGAAAGCUUAGGAUAUUUUGUUGGUGUGGACAUGGAUAAUCCUAUUGGCAACUGGGAUGGAAGAUUUGAUGGAGUGCAGCUUUGUAGUUUUGCAAGUGUUGAAAGUACAAUUCUCUUGCAUAUCAAUGACAUCAUCCCAGAGAGUGUAACACAGGAAAGGAGGCCUCCCAAACUUGCAUUUAUGUCAAGAGGUGUUGGGGACAAAGGUUCAUUCAGUCAUAAUAAACCAAAGGCUACAGGAUCUACCUCAGACCCUGGAACUAGAAACAGAUCUGAAUUAUUUUAUACCUUAAAUGGGUCUUCUGUUGACUCACAACCACAAUCCAAAUCAAAAAAUUCAUGGUACAUUGAUGAAGUUGCUGAAGACCCUGCAAAAUCGCUUACAGAGAUUCCUCCAGACUUUGGACACGCUUCACCACCACUGCAACCUCCUUCCAUGAACUCACUCUCCAGCGAGAACAGAUUUCAUUCUUUACCAUUUAGUCUGACAAAGAUGCCUAACACCAAUGGAAGUAUUAGCCACAGUCCACUCUCUCUGUCAGUUCAAUCUGUGAUGGGUGAGCUGAACAAUGCCCCUGUGCAGGAGAGUCCACCCUUGGCCGUAUCUUCUGGUAACUCGCAUGGCCUGGAAGUGGGCUCGCUGGCUGAGGUCAAGGAGAAUCCUCCUUUCUAUGGGGUAAUCCGCUGGAUUGGUCAGCCACCAGGCCUCAAUGAAGUACUAGCUGGACUGGAACUGGAAGAUGAAUGUGCGGGUUGUACAGAUGGAACAUUCAGGGGCACUCGCUAUUUCACCUGUGCCCUUAAGAAGGCGCUGUUUGUUAAACUGAAGAGCUGCAGACCCGACUCGAGGUUUGCGUCCCUGCAGCCAGUUUCCAAUCAGAUCGAACGCUGUAAUUCUUUAGCAUUUGGAGGGUACUUAAGUGAGGUAGUAGAAGAAAAUACUCCACCAAAAAUGGAAAAAGAAGGUUUAGAGAUAAUGAUUGGAAAGAAGAAAGGUAUCCAGGGUCAUUACAAUUCUUGUUACUUAGACUCCACCUUAUUCUGCUUAUUUGCUUUUAGUUCCGUUCUGGAUACUGUGUUACUUAGACCUAAAGAAAAGAAUGACGUAGAAUACUAUAGUGAAACUCAAGAACUCCUGAGGACAGAAAUCGUUAAUCCUCUGAGAAUAUAUGGAUAUGUAUGUGCAACAAAGAUUAUGAAACUGAGGAAGAUACUUGAAAAAGUUGAGGCUGCAUCAGGAUUUACCUCUGAAGAAAAAGAUCCUGAAGAAUUCCUGAAUAUCCUGUUUCAUCAUAUUUUAAGAGUAGAACCAUUGUUAAAAAUCAGAUCAGCAGGUCAAAAAGUACAAGAUUGUUACUUCUAUCAAAUUUUUAUGGAAAAAAAUGAGAAAGUUGGAGUUCCUACAAUUCAGCAGUUAUUAGAAUGGUCUUUUAUCAACAGUAACCUGAAAUUUGCUGAGGCACCAUCAUGUCUGAUUAUUCAGAUGCCUCGAUUUGGAAAAGACUUUAAACUAUUUAAAAAAAUUUUUCCUUCUCUGGAACUAAAUAUAACAGAUUUACUUGAAGACACCCCCAGGCAGUGCCGGAUAUGUGGAGGGCUUGCGAUGUAUGAGUGUAGAGAAUGCUAUGAUGACCCUGACAUCUCAGCUGGCAAAAUCAAACAGUUUUGUAAAACCUGCAAUGCUCAAGUCCACCUUCAUCCCAAGAGGCUGAAUCAUAAAUACAACCCAGUGUCACUUCCCAAAGAUCUGCCUGACUGGGACUGGAGACACGGCUGCAUCCCCUGCCAGAAGAUGGAGUUAUUCGCUGUCCUCUGCAUAGAAACAAGCCACUAUGUCGCUUUUGUGAAGUACGGGAAAGACGACUCUGCCUGGCUAUUCUUCGACAGCAUGGCUGAUCGGGAUGGUGGUCAGAAUGGCUUCAACAUUCCUCAAGUUACCCCAUGCCCAGAAGUAGGAGAGUACUUGAAAAUGUCUCUCGAUGAUCUGCAUUCCUUGGACUCCAGAAGAAUCCAAGGCUGUGCACGAAGACUUCUCUGUGAUGCAUACAUGUGCAUGUACCAGAGUCCAACCAUGAGUCUGUACAAAUAAACAGGGUCAUCUGGAUGGGCGCAGAAAUCAGACACACAGUCUCCAUGUUGCGUCUCACUUGAGCUGGCAGUUCUGUUCAGCGUCCAUUGCCGGCAAUGGAUGUCUUUGUGGUGAUGAUCCUUCAACGCAGGAUUCCUGCGUUUAAAAAUAAAUUGCUUUUGUGUUACUAAAGUAUUUAAUAAGCAUUUUGCACUCUAGAAAGUAUGUUUGUGUUGGUUUUUUAAGAAGUCUAAAUGAAGUUAUUAAUACCUGAAGCUUUAAGUUAAGUGCAUUGAUCAUAAGAUAUUUUUGGAAGCAUAAAAUUUUAAUUGUGACAGUUUAAAACCUCUUUUAGUCCAUUGAGAAUGUAAAUAAAUGUGUCUUCUUUAUGGACCAAGAUUAUGAAAUCAUUUUUCCUUUGUAGCUAAUUGUUGCCUUGAGGAGGAUAUACUUUGGUUUUAUUGAGUCUACUUUCAAUCCAGUGAUUAAAGUUGUUUUGAGUUUGAUUUGUUAAUUCUUCCCUUUCUAGUGCCGAUUCCUGCAUGUCUACAAUCUGAGUUUCUGUGUUUCUGUGGUAGUGGUCACAAAAGUAUUUAAAUUUCCUCAAUGGUGUUUUCUAUUUGUUCUGGUUUUGAGAUAAAUGAGUGAUUUUUGUCAUGAAAUGUCCAUUUUUGAUGUAGUUUUCCUGGGGUAUUCACAUAUACAGCAAUUGAAGCUCUCCAUUCAUAGUAGGAACUGUCAGCUAACAGCUUUCUUUUCUUUUUUAAAGACUCUAUUAUGAGUGGGGUACAGUAAAUUUUAUUAAAGAGUUCGGGUGAUAAAUAUAUUCCUAUACAAAUAUAAGGUUAAUAGGAAAAUGAAUUGGUCAUAUAGAAUCACUCAUUGAAAUUUCUCUGAAGAGAUGUAUUGGCUGUCUCAACCUCUACUAUCUUAGAUAAGACCGUCUAGAACUUAGAUCAGUCCCUGCAUUAAGUUCAGUCUGAUAUCCCUUGAGAUAAUGACAGUUACGAACCAGAUAUUUUAUUGAAAUGUUAGCAGCAGCUUUGCCUUCCUCCUGAUUCAAUAAGUAGAAAAUGGAUGUUUUCGUAGCUAAUACCUGUAGUGUGUAUCUGUUGUACACUAGCAGCAUAGGUUGUCCGUGUCAGUGCUGUGGGACGUGUUGUGUGGCGAUGGUGUCUCUGUGGAAUGACUUCCUAAUUGCAUGGAAAGGCAGAGGUUGUCAUGUGUGUCUAGCAUAUGACUCCAUAAAACACUGAAUGUCCCAAAGAAGGGAAAGAAUCUUUGCAAACCCUGCAAUUAUUUCUUUUUAAAGUCGCAUUUACCCUUUGGUUUUGUCAUUCCAUUUUCCGAGUAUUUAUUAGCUAGGAUUCAUUGUUAUGAAUCAUAAUGUACAGAAAAUUUUGUCAUACUUUUUUCAUUAUGAAAAAAGUACAUAACUUUUGCAUGAAGUUUUGCUCAGUACCUGGGUGACUGGUGAUCUGGAUACUAGGUCCAGAGAGAUUGGGACCAGCCCCACCCCAUCACCCUGGGGUUAAUGAGGAGCCUGGGGGGCAAGAUGCCUAAGGUUCCCUCUAGCCCUGACUUUCCACAAGUCCACAAGUACCCCUUAAUCAGUACGUGCUGGAUGAAUACAUGGAUGUAGGAGCUUAUCAGUGUGAUUUUAAAAGGCUCUCUAGAGAAAUGAUUAGGACUCUAUAUCUAGGUAAGACUGGAUUUAACAGUUAAAAUUAAGAGAAGACAGUUCCUUUCCUGUAAAAAUUAAAACACAAGUUGAAGGUUAGUCCUGCUCAGCUCCUUGUGGCUGAAGACUUGAAGAGGACUUGUGGGGUUGUACGCUUAUUUCCCGUGGGUAGAGUGUGGAGGCACUUUCUAGUGGUAGGGACCUCUUCCAUAAACCAUUUCUAGGACAGUUUCUUCAAGCAGAGCUUCCUGUUCUUUUAAUAUUAGCUGGGGAGGGAGCACCCAGUAAAGGGAUGCAGGGCCCACUAUGAUGGUUCCUCUAGAGGUAAGGGUCCUUCCAGGCCCUGGUGUCCCCUCUCCAGCACCGCCCCCCACACCCCAUCAGCAGUCCUUUCUUGUUGCUGCUCCUGCAGAGCCCUGUGUGUCAGGCGGGCACAGGCAGGGCUGGGCUGUGUGGCACCAGUGACUCGUGCCUGUCGACUUAAUUUUUAGCCUUAAAUUUUCUUUCAUAUUUUUCUAUUGGUCUUUUAAAUGUUUCUGUUAUCCUUUCUUCCAUAUCCUAUGUACAAUCAAGAUGGCAAUAUAGUAAAAUCAUCUUGUUUAUAAAACAAGUCAUGUUCCCCCACCUCCAUUGAAUACACACGUGUGUGUUUGUGUGUGAGAAUUUAUAUAUAUGGGAGGAGGGGAGGGAGGGCACCCAUUUCAUAAUGUGUUCAGCGCAUUGCUAUCAGCUUUAUGAAGGAGUUUGACUCCAACCACAAAAGAAUGUUUUGUAAAACUGGAAAUACACAUUGCAAACCAAGAGAGACAGAAACAAAACUCAAUAACGUAAAAUUGUUACAAUUGCUAAGGAUAAUUUCCUUAGAAUAGUUUAGGAUUUUUGUAAUUCAUAUUUGCCAAAAGUUGUAGGUAAAUAGCUUCUUUCUAUCCCAUGGAUUCACUUUUUUUUUUCUUUUCACCUAAUUCACAUAAUUCAGGAACAGGGAAAGAUGAAAUUAUCUUAUGCAUUGUCAUUCAAAUUCCUGUUGUGUGAACAUGGCACCUUCAUAAAUUCAGAGAUGUUACUGUUGUCUUCUGAUGGAUCUCGAUAUCCAGCUAGAUGACCUUGCUAGGUCCAGCUAGGUCGACACAUCGACCUAGAUGUGUCGAUGAUUAUAGACAGAGGUGUGAGAGAAGACAGAAUUAGGCCUUAGCUGAGGGACUGCCUGCCAACAAGUAUUUCUUAGACGCUUGUUACCUAAGAUUGUGUCAAAAGGAACAUGAGACAUGGCACCUGUCCUCAAGCAGAUAACCACCUACUUCCAACAACAGAAUGUCUCCUAAAGGCUUCUUAGCCUAAGUGUAAGGGCGCCGGGCUGGGGGGCUCUGGGAGGCAGUGAGAUGUGACAGAAGUGGUGGACGAGGGGACAAGAACUGGUCCAGCCCUUUCUCUGUUUCUUGCUUUAUUAGUCUUGGGCAACGUCUUGACUUCUCUGGGCCUCAGUGUCUUCCUCUGUAUGGCAAGGGGGUGGAACUAUUGAAUCUUACAGAAAAGAAAGACAAAUUUCUGGGUCCUCGGCCAUGCCUGCUGGAUCUGACUUCACAAACGGUAGACCCUAUUUCCUAGACCCAAAAUGUCCAUCCACCCCCACCCGCCCCACCACAGGUGACCCUGAGAGUGAUCAUCAGCCAGAUUUGGAAAACACUGAACUGAAAGAUCUCGAAAAUACCUUUUCUUUAUGUGGUUGUGUGGUCAUAGAAUGUUGUUGUAUUAAUUACUCCACAUACAUGUGGGUAAUUGUAUAUUUGUCAUAUUGUUUCUCUGUUUUUACAUGUGAAUUCAUAUAAGAAAUGCAUUUUAGUAUCAAUGCCUCAGCCCACUGUUUUCUAGAGGUUUUAGCCAUCUUAGGAACCCUCUUGAGACUGAAGAGGAUGUUACUUACCUGGACAUUUACCCUUCAUUUAAUUUCUGUAGGGGAAAUUGAGGCUCUGGAAACCAAAGAAAUGGAAAAAUUUAAUUGUUAUGCAAAGUUAAAGAAAAAAAAGUAGACUUAACUAGCUGCUACUUUAUGAUGAAAAUUUUAACCCUAAUAUGGGAAGAUUUUUUUGUCAUUAAGUAAAAUGUCCUUAUUCAAGUAGGGGGACUGUAGGUUCAUAGUGAAGAAUAAGACUGCCUUUUCUAGGGGGAUGGUGAUGUUAACACACCCACAAUUCUUCAAUGAAAAUAAUACUUGAAUUCCCCAAGGCAAGUGAGGGUGGAGAAGGAGGAGAGCAUAUUAAGAUGGAAAUAUUCAUAUGAAUACUAAGAUGCAAGAGAGAGAGGGUGGAGGAUGGAAGGCCAUCCUGAGAGCAGGUGUGGUACCCGCUGGGGGCUGUAAAGGUGGGUUCUCCUCUGCCUCCCAGGCUGUGUCACUGCUCGGAGACUGGGACUUCAUAGAGCCAGGCUUCUUGCAGCAAGUCAGCGUUGCAUUGUCUAGUUUCCUUUCAGAAGCUUUAUUGGAGAAAAAAGAGGGGAAACAAAAGACUCUUCAUCUUAGUCUAAAUCCUGAAACAGCCGAAGGGUCUCUCUUGAGUUUGAAAGUGGUGGUAAAAAGCUAACCAGCACAUAUGGCCAAGGAUAAUGAAAAGAGGGAAAAGAAAGACAUUCCUUCUUCCUGCUCACAAUAAAUGUCAGUAUUUGGAGCAGGUCAUUUGCUUUCCUGACUGUCUUAUCAGUGAUGCCAUUUUUGUUUACUGUAUUUGAAAGUCUUCUUAUAACACAGGUUGUGGGGAAAGGCCAGGUCCAGAGGCAUCCUCCUUUGGAGCUCCACAGACUCAGAUGUAAUUCUCUUGCACUUUAAAACCCUGUCCACUUCCACUUUUUAUUUUUUCAAGAGAUUGUGUGGGAGACUCAACUGUUCUUGGUUUCAUUUUUUAAAAUGGCCUGUAGUACUCCAGAAAGUAUUAGUAUCCUGUCAUAAACAUUCAUUAAAAGAAAAAAAAUCCUGUUUGGAACUUCCCGGGGGAGUCAUCGUUGUUAGGAAGUUGGUAUAAAGGAGCACAUUUUAUAUUGCAUUUCCCAUAUUUGGUAUCUUGUUCAUUUUUUUUUUUUUUGCCUGAUGAACAUUCUAUAUUUAUGAAGACAUUCUUUAAAAGUAAAACCACAUAAAAUAUCCCUUUAUUAUCAGAUUGCUCUGAUUUAGCCUUAAUUUUGUUAAAUUUUUUAGAGAUGAUUGAAGUGCUGCUGUGGAAAGAAAUGUACUAUAUACUAUUUCUGUAUCAUUAAAAUUAAAUUUUUAUGGUU